AAUGUUACUCCAUGUCACCUGUAUUUUAUACUAUUAUGUCAGCUCAAAUAGCACGUGGUAGGUGAGGCUUUCUCAUUCACCCUGGCAAAUGGCACGUGGGGGCUGGUUCCUGUGCAACUGUUGCACUGAAGGCACAGGCUCAUUUGUUUGCCCACUAAACUACCAGCUUCUUUAAGGCAGGGAUUAUAUCUUUUCGUCUCUGUUUUCCUCAAACCUUCUAAUGACCUGCAAAAACGUGUGCUAGAGGGUUGCAGAAUGAGUGGGAAACGGACAUUCAUAAAUGGCUGAACAUUACAAGCUAUCUAGUAGUUAAAGCACUAGCAUUAAAGGUUCAGUGAUAUCCAGGGACUACACCGAUUGCCAUUCGACCUACCCUUUCGUGGUGAUUUAUUUCUAAAUCUUAAUUAUUAAGCUGGAGAACUCCCCAUCCCACAAAUAGCCAAGAGUACCAGAAGCUGCAAUACUAGCUCCAAAGUAACUUUUUUUUUUUCUUAGCUGAUUUUAUAGAGCGGCUAUGUUCUAUGUACUAGAACGUCAGAAGACGGUGGCCAAGACCCAGAACGUGGGAGGUAUCUGUUUCCACAUCAUUUGAUGAGGACUACAAAUACGGCUUCAAUCCCUAAGUCCCGACUACAAACCAAUGUCCCGGAACCAAAUGGCCGACACACGAAUUUCCCCCCGGACGCGCGGGUGUGUUACGCGCAUCUAUUGCUUUUGCCUGGCGGAGGCCGAUCGGGAGAGGACGAGCACCGAGAGGCCAAGGAAAGGAGGCGAGUCAAGGACUUCCUCCUGGGGAGGGAGCUUGGAUUCGGGAGGCCGCGCUGGGGCUGUCGGACUAGGCGUCCGCGCUCGUGGGAAAGUUCAGUCAUGUCUGUACAUUCGGUGAUGCGCACCCUGCGCAAGAACAAGACGCUUCGCUAUGGAGUCCCCAUGCUGUUGCUGAUUGUUGGAGGUUCUUUUGGUCUUCGUGAGUUUUCACAAAUCCGCUAUGAUGCUGUGAAAAUUAAAAUUGACCCUGAAUUAGAAAAAAAACUGAAAAUGAAUAAAAUAUCAUUGGAAUCCGAGUAUGAGAAAAUAAAGGACUCCGCUUUUGACGACUGGAAGAAUAUUCGAGGACCCAGGCCUUGGGAAGAUCCUGACCUCCUCCAAGGACGAAAUCCAGAAAUUCUUAAGACUAAGACAACUUGACUCAGUUGAUUCUUUUCUUUUCUUUUUCUUUCUUUUUUUUUUUUUUAAACAAAAAUGUUAUGAACUGGAAUUCCCACUACAUACUCAGGGAGCAAAAAUUUCAGACCUGCAGAAGCUUGGAUGUGAGUAAUGUGAUGACAGAUAAUCUUGAUAAAAAGUCACAGUAACAUCAGGCAGUGAUAUUUUUUGUCAGUCCUGUGUAGGAAAACAAUAUCAAUCACAAGUGAUGAGAGUUUUGGUUUUACUUAUAAUACCUCACAUGAUAUACUAAUCAGUCUCCAAAGUAUAUAACUGAUGAUUAUGUUGAUACUAUUAAAACAUGUUGAGAAAAUAAUACUGUUCUUGGUUAAGGCAAAGAUCAUGUAGUAGUACAUAUUACAUACAGAUACAGCAAAUUUGUUCAAGUAUUCCAAAUUUGUUAUCUAUGUGACUACAAUUUGGAAAUACUGAUUUAAAGGUAUACUUUAUGCCUUAGCAUAAUUUGUAUGCAACUUGACUGUAGUUCUGUUCUUUUUCUUUUUUUAACUUGGGGUUUGCUAUGAUCUAAAUUCUAGGCAAAAAGAUAGAAUUGAGAGAA